GAUAGAUACUCGUUGUAAAGUAAGAAGCUGUGCUUGAGCUGUACGGGAGCCCAAAAAUUUUUGAAAUGGGCACGGACGUAGAAAAAGUCAAAUACGCAUCGCCGGACGGCUCAAAAACGUGGGAGUAUUUGACUAUUUUCACAUGUUCCCUGAUGGCAAGUUCCAUGGGCUUCAUCAUAGGAUGGAAUUCACCAAGCAUCGUAAUACUAAUGGAUAAAGAAUCACCCAUUCCAGUCACAGCAUCGAGUGUUUCAACUUUAGUAGCUACUGUAUCUAUUGGUAACACGGUGGCACCGCUAAUUAACAUUUUCGUGGCUGACAAGAUUGGCAGGAAGAACACUGUGCUGCUCAGUGCUUUACCGCUUUUAGUCAGCUGGAGUUUAAUUACAAUUGCCACGUCUAUUUGGGAACUGUACGUGGCAAGAUUUCUGGCUGGAAUUGCGAUGGGCCUGUUUAUUUGCGUUGUACCGAUCUACAUAGGCGAAGUAUCGUCAACGGAUACACGGGGUGCCGCGAACUCUCUGCUAGGCGUCACAUACAAUAUGGGUAUCCUCGUAACGUUCAUAGCUGCGCCGCAGUUCACGUUAUCCUUUAUGGCCGGGAUUCUCUUGGUCGCCAGCAUCGGUUUCGUCAUCUCCUUUUGGUUUAUGCCGGAAUCGCCGUAUUUCUUGGUGAUGAAGAACAGAAUGGAUCAGGCGGAAGAAGUGCUGGAAAAGCUGCGCGGCAAAACCAACGUUUCCGACGAGAUGCAAACGAUCGUCACCACCCUAUCGAAGAAGGGGGAGGAAGUAGUGAGGAGCGGUACCCUGAAAGAUAUUUUCACAUCCCGUGGAAACUUUCGUGCUUUCGUCAUCAUCAUGCUGUUCACCGUGACGCAUAAUUUCGGUGGUUUCUUCCCGAUUAUUAUAUACGGUCAAUUAAUAUUCAAGUCGGCCAGCAACCUGAUGACCGAUUACACGAUGAACGUUAUCAUCGGCGUGACGCAAGUGGUCUCCUCGCUUGUAACGAUUUUCCUGGUGGACAAACUUGGCCGGAAGCCGCUGGUAAUCGUAUCCGGCGGGAUCGCUGCCAUAUGCAAUCUCGUGAUAGGUGUAUUCUUUUACGCGAAGGAAUACAUGAAUCUGAACGUGGAAACGUUCUCGUUGGCGCCGUUCAUAGCUGCCAUACUGUUGGUCUUCACUUUCACUUGCGGUCUGGUCUGUCUACAGAUCAUCCUGAUGUCGGAGAUCUUCGCCACGGAGAUCAAGGCGAUCGCCACGUGUCUCGUGGGCGUGCUUAGCGGUGUCCUGGCCACCGUUGGCUGUAAACUUUACAUAUGGGUCGCCAUAAGUUUGGGUUAUGGUCAUUCGCUUCCGUUCUUGGCGUAUUUUGUUGUUGUGGCAGUCUGCACGGUGGUAAUCUACUAUAUUACACCCGAAACGAAAGGCAAAACGUUUAUAGAAAUUCAAAGGAAACUAAAUAAGGGUUGAUUAGCGUAGCUUCUUUUGAAUUUGACAUCGCGCGUGCGUGCAGAGAGUAUUCUGUAUGCUCUGCUGAGAAAACAAAUCGUCGUUGUUCACAAAUAUAAUUGUAUACAGUAAUUUCUCGUCUCAAAAUAGAAUGUUAUUAAGGUUCAUUAAGAGAGCGAAUUAUUUUUAAUUAUUAUAUAUACGUUUGAGAGUUUUUUAGAAACGAUUUAGGUGAAUCGAUCUUGAAACGAGGAAUUAUCGUGAAUGGAAGGCUGACAGCAUUUUGUAUAAAAUUAAGUGCUUGAAAAAUGAAUGUUCUCAUCGGUAAUAACAGUCUAAAUUGCGAGCGAAAAUAAUGCCGUGAAAGGCAUAUGAUGUUCAAAAAAAAAAUAGCGAUAAUGGUUUGGCGAUUACUUUUAUAGCACAAAUUAUAAACUAUUUAAUUCCGUAAUUUAAGGCUCGUAUAUUCCGUAAAUUUUUUGUUAUAAAUGACGUAUGAAUGUAUGAAAAUUCUUGUUCGAAAUGUCUCGUCUUGUCGAUGCAGCUUAAAAGGACCUGAGUUUUCGUUUUAAGU